AUGGAGUCUUUUGCGCCAGAAUGUGACAGCCAAGGCCUUGACUCUAUCCCUCCCUCGGUCGCAGGGGACCAGACUUUGCAAGAGGCACCAGGGGCACCCUCUUGUUUAGAGUCCACAGCAGAGAGCGAGGGGGCCCCGCCUCCGAUGGGCCCCCACGUUGAGGCUCAAGAUGGGAGCUCCACGGGGGCUCCUGAGGAUGUGUCGAAGCCCUGGGGUUUAGGGGUAGAAGAAGCACCUCCCCGUUUCAUAGAGCAGCCAUAUGCGGAUGGCGUGAACAUCGACAAGCUGCACCAGUUUCGAGCUCAGUUGCAUCAGCUCUCCAGGCAGAAGGACGGACUUAUGCCAAAUCCAGAUGGAACUUUUCCAACUGAGUGGCUGAGUCUUGCCUGGGAAUACCAGGCCCUUGCUGAGCAUGUGAUUCGCUCCGCUUGGCCAUGCUGCUAUCCUGAAGGCCUUCUCCCCUGUGUCUCACAGCAAGUAGACUAUCUAAAGAGGAGGCUAGAAGAAUUCCCGUCAAUCCCUACUUCCGAAAAGGACAAAUUUCAAAGGUUAUUUAUUUUGGCUGCCUUGGGGAUCAUUGCAAAAAUGAAGCUCGUUACAUUUUGCUGGACCUUCGUAGAGCUGAAGCAAAACGAAGCAAGGGCAGGGGGACGCGGAAUGUCUCUCUAUUUGUCACAAGCAAGGCAAAGCCCAUUGAAAACAAAGCGCAUUGCUGCCGCUGCAGGAGCAGUGGCGGGAGGCCUUCUUAGCACUGGUAGUGCUGCUGCUGUAACAGGGCUGCCCUCACCUGGAGACAUUGAGCGCACGGAAUACACCACACGGUCGGGCAGGAAGACACACAGAACUGCAAUGAAACCUGAAAAGUCCUAG